UUUCUCCAUUUGCUCCGAUGGCAAUGCCCUCAAAUCAAGAAUAGACGCUGUCUGUCUCGGUCGCUCUCUGGCUCUCGUCAAGAAGCUUCGACGCUUUCGUUUCAUGGCCGAGCUCUUCUCGUCUCCGUCUCGCUCCGAAUGUUCUCCGAAGCACCGGCGCCAUCUGCUCCGAUGGCAGUGCCCUCAAAUCAAGAAUAGACGGAGCUGGGAGCUGCUGUGGACGAUCGCGCGAGGAAUCGAACUGCGCGGUCUCCAUUAGGAAGCUUAAGGGCUAGGGUUUUGCUGGAAUAGCUUGUUCGCGGGAACGUUCCGUGGCGCACGCAGCGUCGUUACGCUUGAUCUGUGGCGACGGCUUUCUUGGUUUGCUCUCUGGCUGCUGAGUUUGUAGCUCGUAACGAGGGGAGAUGCUUGCGACUGUCUAAUAGUCGACCUCGACCUAUGCGACCCGCUACUUGUUCGAUUCUGUAGCUUUCUCUGCAAAAGGUAGGUACUUUGGGUCGGUGGCCGUUGAAAUUGGGCAAAUAAAAGUCACUGAAGGAGCGCUGGACGCUAUGGAUCCUACGAUAAUGAAGCUCCUCGAAGAAGAUGAGGACGAAAGCAUGCACUCAGGGGCUGACGUGGAGGCUUUCCAGGCUGCCCUCAAUCGGGAUAUUGGAGGCGAUACUUCGGCUUCUCAAGCAUCGUCAUCCAAUAAAGGUGUCUCCCAAGGAGACAAUAAUAUGCCCGGCCAAUCAUAUCAGGGAUGGCAACCGACUAACCAGGCUGCAAAUGCAAACUCUCAAACCCACCAAGAGCAAAAAAAUGCAGAACAUCAAGAACAGAUUUUGGCACAGAUGCAACCGCAGCAACAUGAAUCUCUUGCUGAUCCCCAACAAAAUAACAACUUGGAGGAAGUCAAUCAACUGCAGUUGAAGCAGAAACAAGUGCAAGAUGGUCAUCAACUCGGGCAAGGAGAACAAAAUUCUAUCCAGAUCAUGCAAUCUUCUGGGAUGCAAGUGUCAGAGAAGAAUUCCGUCUCUAUGAGUGAGCCAGGUAGAGUGCAUACUCUUGACAGUGAAUCUCAGUACUUAAAGUUACAGCAAAUGAGCAAUCAACAGGCAACGGUCCCCGAGCAACCACCAAAUAGGCCAAACCGUGUUAAACAAGUGCCAUUUGCAUUGUUGCUCCCUGUGAUUCUUCCCCAGCUUGAUAAAGAUAGAGCCAUGCAACUGCAAACCCUUUAUGCCAAAUUGAAGAAAAAUGAUAUUCCCAAGGAAGGGUUUGUUCGGAUCAUGAGAGGAAUUGUUGGAGAUCAGAUGCUGAAGUUGGCACUUACGAAAAUGCAAACACAGCCUCCCCCUCAGUUGCAUAUUCAAGGUUUGACUUCAGCUCCACAGCAACACCCUAGAACGCAGCCUGCUAGCGCUGCAAAGUUCAGUGAUUUGUCUCUGCCGGGCCAAGUCCAUUCUGCAAUGAUUAGAAAUGGUCCAAAGUCUGGAGAGGUGGAACAGAUACUAGAGUCUCGAUUAGUGCAGCAGCAGCCGCAGCAGCAUUUUCAGAACAUGCAGACAUUUCCUAAGUAUGGAAGUCCUGGUGGUUAUCAUCCAUUCAGCGGGACGAAUGUAAACAGUGCUGCUUCAUCUGUCAAAACAGAACCUAAUGAUUUACAAAUGAAGCAGGUUCCGAUUCAUCAAAGUUUGGGUUCAAUUCAGCCAGGAGGGGCAGCUCAGACAAUUAGCCUGGUGACUGCACCAAAAUUUGAUCGGCAGCAUCCUAACAAUGAUAACAAGAGAGGGCAAUCUUCUGCUCUCCCACCAUUUGCAAGUAAUGUAUCACUCCAACAAAAUUCGGUCCCUUGGAAAUCGUCUACUGCUAAAGACCAAAGUUCGGGUGCCGUCUCAUCAGCAGCCUUUGUAAAACAGGAACCUGUUGAUCAUUCUAGCAAUCAACAAAAAACACAGUUGUCUUCCCUUCACAGAUCGUCCUCUGUUUCAGCUGGACAUCUUGAGCAAAGAGUUCCCAUAUUAGAAACCUCAAGGGACAAUUCACUUGAACAGCAGUCCCCAGGAACCAGUUUCUUGGCUCCUACUAAUACUACUGGGACUUUGCAUCAGGGUUCUCUCGCCACAACACCAGCUCAGGAUUCUAAUAUCCAGCUAGGCUCCCGAACAGCAUCCACACCAGCUGGGAAUAAUGCAAGGACACCUAAAAAAACUUCUGUUGGCCAGAAGAAGCCUCUCGAAACACUUGGUUCUUCGCCUCCUCCCUCAAGUAAGAAGCAAAAGGUAUCUGGGACCUUUGCAGAUCAAAGCAUUGAACAACUCAUUGAUGUCACUGCUGUUAGUGGGGUCAAUCUCAGGGAAGAGGAAGAACAGUUGUUUUCUGGGCCUAAGGAUGACAGUCGAGUCUCAGAAGCAUCCCGAAGAGUUGUCCAAGAGGAAGAAGAAACUCUGAUAUUGCAGCGAGCUCCCUUGCAGAAAAAAUUGGUGGAGAUCAUGGCCCAAUGUGGGGUGAAGAAUAUAGGCAAUGACGUAGAGCGGUGUCUGUCUAUGAUUGUGGAGGAGAGGUUGCGCAGCCUACUGUGCAAUUUAAUUAGAGUUUCAAAGCAGAGGGUUGAUGUCGAGAGGUCCAGACAUCAGACCAUUGUCACUUCAGAUGUCCGGCAGCACCUUAUGAUUUUGAACCGCAGAGCUAAGGAAGAAUGGGAGAAGAAACAGGCUGAAGCAGAAAAGCUAAGGAAACAAAGCGAGCCUGAGAGCAGUCCAGGAGUUGAUGGUGAUAAAGAAAAGGACGAAGGUCGUGGAAAAUCCGUGAAGGCAAACAAAGAGGAAGACGACAAGAUGAGGACAACUGCUGCAAAUGUUGCUGCCCGAGCUGCUGUGGGAGGAGAUGACAUGUUAUCCAAGUGGCAGCUUAUGGCUGAACAAGCCCGUAAAAAACGUGAGGGAGGAUUGGAGGCAGCAUCUCAGGUCGGUAAAGAUAGCCGAAAAUCUUCAAUUUCUGGAAGAAGUAAUAAGGACAAUCAAGAAGCAGGAAGAAGGGGACAGACUGCAUCUGGGACCAUUAGAAGAUUAGGAAGGAACCAAGCUAUUGCAUCACAACCGAAGGUAGCUCGAACAAUUUCUGUCAAGGAUGUGAUUGCUGUUCUGGAAAGGGAACCUCAGAUGGCGAAGUCUAGUCUCAUCUACCGCCUUUACAAUAAAGUUCGUUCUGAAACUAGUGCUGAAUAAUUGAAGUGGCAAUGUUGGUCUCAGCUUUUUAAAUUCCUAAUCCGGCUACUCUUUCAAAUCAUUCAAUGAAGUGCAAAAAGCUGUUGAUCCAGAUCGAGUCUCACCACCGUACUCAUUCUUGAUGGGGAAAACAAUUAUCCUUUUAUGGUUGCGGUAGACACUAAUCUUAGUUCAUCCUCUUUGAAUUUAGGGAUGUCUAGUGCAUUUUCCUGGUAUAUCAUCUGUAUCAUAGCUUUUCUUCUUUUGAUUUUGCAUGUAUUUUGCAGCAAUCCCUCUGCUGCAAUUUUUUUUUUUUGCAGUAGUUGGGUUUCCUCAGUACAUAUCUGGUAUUAGGAUUUCUCAUUGUCGAUAUGCAGUAACAUUUCUUGUGAUUGAAUUGUUGGGAAUUUAGGUGAAUGAGAAGGUUUUCUAUAUGCAUAUUUUGGAGGCCACAUCAACUCAUUAAAGGAAUGUUGUCAAAUAAAAUCACUGGCUUUUUUCUUCCUCAGAA